AUGCUCAGAACAGUGGCUAAACAAGGACUGCUGAGAGCGGGGAUCGCUUCGGCAUUGCGCUUCCACAGCUACAAGGCAGCUGUUUUCGGAGACAAAGGGCGGAUGGAUAUUGUGGAAAAACAGUCCCGGCCGUUGAAGCAGGGCGAAGCACGACUCAAGAUGGAGUGCUGCGGCGUCUGCCACACGGACUUGCACAUCCGGGAGGGCGAGUUCGGUGAAGUCAAAGGCACGGUUGGUGGCCAUGAAGGUAUCGGUAUUGUUGAGGAAGUUGCCCCCGAUGUGACUUCAUUAGCCCCCGGAGACAGGGCCUCAGUGGCCUGGCUUGCCUCUGCAUGCGGACAUUGCGAAUAUUGCUUGUCUGGCAAUGAGAACGUCUGUCCUGAUAUCAAGAUGUCCGGCUACACUACUGACGGCGGUAUGGCCGAAGAGUGCUACGUCAAGGCCAAUUAUGCGGUUAAAGUGCCUGAUGGUCUCGAUUCGGGCCUAGCGUCUUCGAUUAGCUGUGCCGGAGUCACUAGCUACAAGGCAAUCAAAGUAUCAAAUAUCAAACCGGGCCAAUGGCUUGCAAUCUACGGUAUGGGUGGACUGGGCAAUCUUGCUCUACAGUACGCCAAGAACGCCUUUGGAGCCAAGGUUAUAGCUGUGGAUGUAUUGCAGAAACAGCUCGACUUUGCCAAAAGCUGCGGUGCCGACGUCGUGAUCAAUUCGAAGGAGGAGGAUGCGGUUGCCAAAAUCAAAGAGGUCACUAACGGGCUGGGUGCUAAUGCCGCGGUCGUGCCGGCCACUUCGCUGAUUGCAUUCGAAAAUGCCGUCAACUGCGUCCGUCCGUUGGGUCGAGCCGUGUUGGUUGGGGUGAUCCAGGACAAGUUGCCGCUCAACAUCCCAUACGUCGUUUUGAGCGGUAUUGAGGUUGUAGGGUCUGUUGUUGGAACUCGACUAGACCUAGCAGAGGCCUUCGAGCUGGCCCGCAGCGGCGUUGUCCGGCCCAAGGUUGCCCCUCGCAAGCUCGAGGAAGUCAACACUAUUAUGGACGAGCUCCGUGAUGGCAAAGUCACUGGUCGCAUGGCGAUUUAUUUUUAG